AUGGUCGCCGCAAUCCGCGACGGGCAGACAUCCUUCGCGCUCCGCCUCGCCAAGCACCUCGCGCCGGCAGGCGGCAACGCCACCAAGGGAAACGUCGCCUUCUCCCCGGUGUCCAUCCACGCGGCGCUGGCGCUCCUGGCGGCGGGGGCGCGCGGCGCGACGCUCAACCAGCUGCUCGCCUUCCUCGAGGCGCCGUCAGCGGCGGGCCUCGCCGAUUGCGGGCGCCUCAUCGUCCAUCGCGUCCUGGGCGAUCGAGCGGCUUCCGGAGGGCCGCGCGUCCUCUUCAGCGGCGGUAUCUGGAUCGACGCCUCGCGCGGCGGGCUCAAGACGGCGUUCCGGGACGUCGCGGUUGAGUCCUACAAGUCCAAGGCCCGGACCGUGAGCUUCGCCAGCGAGCCGGAGGAAGUAGCCGAGGCGAUCAACAGUUGGGUAAAGAAGGCCACGAACAACCUAAUCGACUCCAUUAUCUCCGCCGACGACUUCGCCGCCGGCACCGACCUCGUGCUCGCCAACGCGGUCUACUUCAAGGCCAAGUGGGACGUUCCGUUCGAACCGCGCCGCUCGCGGCCCAGCACGUUCCACCGGCUCGACGGCAGCCGUGUCGACGUACAGUUCAUGUCCCAGACCAUGUACAGGGCGCAGUACGCCUCGUGCGUCGACGGGUUCAAGGUGCUCAAGCUCCCCUACGAGCACGGCCGAGACGACGUACAAAAGCAUGGCCGAGGCGGCGCAGCUGGCGUGGCUUCGCCUGACGCGGACGACACACAGUACUCCAUGUACCUCUUCCUCCCGCACGAGCGCCAGGGGAUCGCCAAGAUGGUGGACGCGAUCACCGCCAAGCCAGACUACCUGUACAAUGUCCUGACCAAGACGGCGGCUGUGACCGUCAGGGUUAGACUGCCCAAAUUUGAGAUAAGCUUCAAACGGGACCUUGUCAGUGACCUCCGUCAGCUGGGGCUCUCGCUGCCAUUCUCGUCGGAGUCGGCCGACCUGCGGGGCAUUUUCGAGAAGGAAAGCCGCACAUUCCUGAGCAAGCUUCUGCACAAAGCAGUCGUCAAGGUGGACGAAGACGGGACAGAGGCGGCUGCGGUCACAAUUGGGCUAUUUGAUACUACUGCAAGGCAGCGAGAGCCACCGGUCCAGUUCGUCGCUGACCAUCCGUUCAGUUUCUUCAUCAUGGAGGAGCGGUCAGGGGUGAUCGUCUUCGCCGGCCAUGUCCUUGAUCCCACCAACUGA